AUGUCGACCGAAGUUGUCUCCGAUACCCCGGCCUCACGCCUUACUAAGGCGGUGCCUAUGCACCCACUUGCACCGCUCUCGGAAACAGAACUCACAUCCGCAGCAGCGAUAAUCAAAGCUUCGUGGCCAGCGCACACUGACCUUCAUUUCAAGGUUGUGACGCUACAGGAGCCACCAAAAGCGGAGGUCGUUCCGUACCUGGAGGCUGAGCACAAUGGAACCCAGCUACCUUCAGUCAGCAGGAGAGCUUUCAUAAACUAUUACAUUCGUAACACAAACAAGUUCCAUGAAGCGAUAGUUGAUCUCCAAUCAGGCCGUGUACUCCACAACGUUCUCCUAGGUCCUUUCGUCCACGCCAACGGUGAUGGUGAAGAGAUCGUGCGUAUUGAGAAAAUUGCGCUCGAAGAUGAGGGCGUCAAAGAUGCCAUCGCGAAACUACAGCUUCCAGAGGGCACAGUAGUAAUCAGCGACCCCUGGAUCUACGGUUCCGACGGAGUCAACGAUGAGGAGCGAUUGUACCAAUGCUUCCUAUACAUGCGAGACCCGCUCAAUUCAUCAGAAGCCGACUCGAACCAUUACGCACUACCACUACCAGUCAGCCCGGUCAUCACUACUGAAACCAUGAAAGUCAUUCGCAUCGAUACUUUGCCAACAGGUCCUGACAAUACGAUUAAGCCGCUAGGCAAAUGGCCUGUUCAUCCAGCAAACGAGUACAUUCCAGAGCACCAGACUUUGAGGACCGACCUGAAGCCAUUGAACGUGGUGCAACCAGAAGGCGCUAGUUUCUCCGUCACUCAGGAAGGGACAUCUAAUGUUCUGCAAUGGCAAAAGUGGAAGUUUAGGGUUGGGUUCAACCAGCGAGAAGGCAUGGUAUUGUACGACGUGCGAUACGACAACCGCAGCUUGUUCUAUAGACUGAGUCUGAGCGACAUGAACAUUCCGUACGCCGACCCUCGACAUCCCUUCCACAAGAAAUCGGCCUUUGAUCUUGGUGAUGCUGGUGCUGGUAUCAUGGCCAACAAUCUGAAACUAGGGUGCGACUGCCUAGGAUCCAUCUACUACCUCGAUGCGGUAUUGUCGGACGACAAAGGCGGCGUGGUUCCGAUGGAGAACUGCGUAUGCAUCCACGAACAAGAUGCUGGCAUCGGCUGGAAGCACACCAAUUACCGCACUGGUCGAGCAGCUGUAGCUCGCUCGCGAGAGUUGGUGCUACAGUCGAUCAUCACUGUUUCAAAUUACGAAUACAUUCUGGCUUUCAUCUUCAAUCAAGCCGGAGAAGUCAAUUACGAGAUUCGUGCAACCGGUAUAUUGAGCACACAACCAAUCGAUGAAGGUGUAGAGGUACCAUUCGGUACUGUUGUUCAUCCUGGCGUCCUUGCUGUCCACCACCAACAUAUCUUCUCACUGAGAGUGGACCCGUUCCUGGAAGGCCAGAACAAUCGACUAGUCUACGAUGAAGCAUUCGCUAUGCCACGAUCCGAUUUCAACCCCCACGGCACGGGUUACUACGUGAAAGAGACAGUCGUCGAGCAAUCAGGCGGCUACGACAUCGACUAUGACAACAAUCGCACUUUCAAGAUCCAGAACGUGAACAAACGCAACCCUGUCAAUGGCAAGCCCAUGGCGUACAAGAUCCAAGCACCGCCGUUCCAGAAGAUCUUGUCAGACAAAGACAGCUUCAACUACAAGCGCGCGGAGUUUUCAGACCACAACAUCUACGUUGUGAAGUAUCGUGACGAUGAGCUGUACGCUGGUGGUAAAUAUACCAACCAGAGCAGAGGAGGCACAGGUGUUAGGGCAUGGGCAGACCGCAAAGAAAACGUGAAGGAUGAUGACUUUGUCCUGUACAUUCAGGCGGGUAUCAACCACAUACCGCGAAUUGAGGACUUCCCUGUGAUGCCGUGCGAGAUCUUGAAGAUCCACAUGAAGCCCGUAAACUUUUUCGACAAGAAUCCGGCACUGGACGUACCACCGAGCGAGCAGAGUUUCAACAAGAGUACCUUGGUAAGCGAGCAGCAUCACCAGCCUACAACAGAGGCGGUUGUUGGGCAAGGAGGUGCGUGCUGCGGGCCUAAACUGUAG